AUGCCUGCUCUUCGACUUGUUUCUACCGAGCUCGAGAACUCCGGAUGGGGAAACGAAACAUUACUGAACAAGAUUCAGACAUUGAUGAAUCAAGGAUUGGUCAUGGCAAGUCGCGGAUCACCGGACAACCGCGUAUUUUCAGUUAAAGAGCUUGCAUGGUUUGCCAAAGCCAGUUAUAGCAUUGCUUCCAAAGUAUUCAGAUCAACCAAUCUGGAGCCGUUCGCCGAUAAUUGUCAACACCCUGAUGCCGAAGAGCACAUUGUUCUAUCAGAACACUUUCUUCUCUGCGACUCUCUCAAAAUAGCCAGAAUCGCGAUAGAAGCCCGCAAAGAAAUUAGGGUCGAUGAGAAGCAAAAGCACUACAGAGCUAUCCACAAAAUCAGUGCACACUUCCGAGAACAGUUCAACAGCCAACAAACCAAAAACAACACUAAUUCUGGGUUCGAGAGGUGGCUCUCCCAGCAUCGCACCAUCCUCGCCCUCGAUCUCGAGGCAUCUAUCUUCUUAAAAAGCUGGACCGGUGUCUGCACAAUCAUCGAAGAAGCUAGUCCAUUCUUAGACGAGAAACUCAGCUCGGCAUUCCUAUACGGUAUCCUCCGCUCUGAAGGUCAUCUAAAAUCUAAAGUACAAGCAGUCAAGACCCUGCUCCGUACCCUGCACGCCUCACCAUCCCCCUCCCUAGACAACCCAACCUUCAUCAUGCAAACCCUUCCUCGCUACAUUCGCUGUCUAUUCCAACUCUCCCUCGACGCAGCAGAGUACCAGCUCGCAGAGUCAAUUCUCGAUCAGUCUCUCAUAUCAGUUCAAGAAAGACAUGAUAAAGCCGGGAACAAUGCCAGUCUGUCACUACCGGGGUAUCCCGAAGACGAGAUACGAUGGCUAUCGACCGUAGCAUUCAAUCGAGCGGUGGAUUACUACCUCGCUGCAGCGGAUGCAGAUUGCCGACGAUGGGCCGGGAAGGCAAUCAACCUUGCUGAUAUGGCACGAGAUGAUGGUGCACUAGGAAGGUUAUUACGAGGGAAGUUGGAGAUGCUGACUUGAUGUGAAGCUUUCCAUAUUAAAUGACAUCGUGGAGAUUCUAUGGGAG